AUGGAGAAAGCAAUCUUUGCAUUAAAAUUUGAACAGAUCAGAGCGGCUUACAAGAAAAUGAAAGAGGAAGGGAGUGCUGCCGAAGUAAUUCGGUUGACAAUUGAGAAUGCCAUACACCGGAAAGCAUUUGAGAUUGCACAGUGUACGGAUAUUGAGCAAGAAAGUCUUCUGAGGCAGUUACUAGCUGUUACAUUCCAAGCUGCUAAAGAAGAUUUUUGUGCAAAAGGAACAACAGUUGCUGUGAUACAAGAUGUAUUCGAUGUUAGCCCAGUUAAACAUUGCGAAAAACUCUUCGCUAUUGUUGAAGACAAUUUGCCACAAUGGAAAAUGGGUAUUUUUUACGAGCCUUGCAAAAAUAUGAUAUUGAGGAUGUGUAAUGAUUUGCUGAAGCGCCUUUCACGAACGGUGGAUACAAGCUUUUGUGGCCGGAUUUUAGUCUUAUUAGCACAUGCGCUACCACUGUGUGAGAAAUCCGGCUUAAAUCUUGUUAGCCAUUUUAAUCUGGGCAAUAUCACGAAAUAUGACUUGGCAGAUUCUUGCUUUGCUGUUGAUGCGAAUUUAACGGAGGACAGCGACGUUAUGGAAGUCGGUGAAAUAAGUGAACGGGAAAUUCCAGUGGAUUAUACACUUUAUGCGAAAUUUUGGCAGUUACAAUCUUUCUUCUCUUCACCAGCAACAUGUUUUGAAAAAUCUAAAUGGAGGACUUUUCAGCAGAACACAACUGAGGUGCUCAACAUAUUUUCAAGUCAUAAACUGGAAUUCUCUGCAACCCUUGAAGAAGGUUCGAAAAGAGAACGCUCGAAGCAGGAAAAUUCAAAUGAUGAUAUUGCUGCAAUCCCAUCUACUUCGAGAGCUGAUGGAGAUGAAGACAUUUAUUUUGCGAAAUAUUUAACUAGUCAGAAGCUAUUGCAAUUACAGUUAAAUGAUUCUCAAUUUCGACGUUACUUUCUUGUGCAGUGCCUAAUUCUAUACCAAUAUUUAGUAUCCGAUAUCAAAUUCAAGGACAAAUCUUUUACUCUGAAUGAUGAACAGUUACGAUUUAUUAUUGAAUCCACUGAGAGAUGUUUUCGAUUACUUCGUGAGACGUAUCCAAAAGGACCUCAUUUUGCUGAUGCUAUGAAAGUAAUUCUUCAUCGUGAGAAGGAAUGGUCUGAAUGGAAGAACAAAGGUUGCCUGGAUUAUACUCAAUUGGCAGACAAAGAAAAACCUAGCGUUUUUAAAAAGCGGCCUAGAAACAGAUAUGACCCCUCAAAACUUGAUCUCGGCAAUCCAGAACUGACGAAGUUAUGGAAUAUCAAUCCAGAUAUGUUGUCGGCUUGUGAAGACUCAAGAAGAAAUUUUAUACCGAAAUCAGUGAACAAUGAAUCAUUCCAGUGGAGAGCAUCACGGCUGCUGAUGUCUCAGAGCACGUCAUAUUUUCAAACACCAUCGAAGAGGAGUGAAGUAACAACGAAUUUAGCACCAUUUUUGGAAGAAGUGAUCAAGCAUACUGCAGCUAAUUUUCCGGAAUUGAAAGAUCGCAUUCCGGGUAUUACAGAUAACAAAAGAAAUAUCAAAGGAAAUGUGAAUAGUAAUAACAGUUCUACUUCAUCAGCUCUUCGUAAUGGGCGGGAGCAUAUUGAACCAUCUGCUGCUUUAACUGACUCACACAUCGAACAGCUGGCACCGUUACUUGCAAGCAAUUGGUCGACGUUAGCAGAUGUAAUGAAUAUCAAUAAAGAAAGGAACGACGCAAAAGAAGAGCCAAUGAAAGUGGCACAAAGAAUACUAACAGCCUGGAGGCAGAAGGAGGGAAAAGCAGCAACGGUUAAACGGAUUAGUAGUGUUUUAUUGAUGGCUGAAUUAUUCAGUGAACAAGUUGGACAAGUUUUUAGAGGGAAUACACCGAAAAGGAUUUCAGCAUGA